CUGUAUCUGUAGCUCGAGCUUCACACGAGCAGACGCGAGCGGAGGAAUGAUACUCGACUAAACCAGUAUGUCCUGGGCCAAAAUGGCUUGAAAAUGACGGAUAGUGGGCGGUGAGGAGUUUAUCAUUUUUUGUUUUUGUUUUUGUUUUUUUAAUCGCAGUAACUUUCCGUAAAAAAAAUUAAAAAAAAAAAAAUCUGACUCAUGCGCUGUGUUUCGAUAUCAGCGCCAGCAGUGAAGCGUCUCAGGCAGUAAGCAGAGCUGGAAUAACCAGUGAUAAAGUGUCAUUACAAAAAAAAAAAAAAAAAUACACAGCAGGUUUUCUUCUCCGCAACAGCAGAGGAGAAAAGGUGCUCCCACACACAGGCCGCUGAUGAAGGGCAUGGAGAUGCUCCGUCGCUCAUCAGUGUUUGCAGCAGAAGUCAUGGAAGUGUUUGAUCGCUCCCCUACAGACAAAGAACUCGUCUCACAGUCAAAAAUGUUGUGCAGGGACUACAUUCACUCAAGACUCAACAAAGCUGGAAUUGGUUGGACCAAAUCUGAGCUUGGAUCUACAGGAGGAACCCUUGGAGAAGUGUCCACUGUUCUUCUGUGGCUAGGUGAUGAGCUUGAAUACUUGCGACCCAAUGUGUACCGCAAUGUGGCAAAGCAACUGAAUAUCACUGUGUCUUCGGAAGGAAUUGUUUCUGAUGCCUUUCUGGCUGUAGCUGCAGAAAUCUUCUCCACAGGGGUGACGUGGGGUAAGGUGGUCUCUCUGUAUGCAGUAGCUGGAGCACUGGCAGUGGACUGUGUCCGGCAUGGCUACCCAGCUAUGGUACACACCAUUGUAGACUGCAUGGGCGAGUUCAUCCGUAAGAGCCUGGUGUCCUGGUUAAAGAGGAGAGGAGGUUGGACUGACAUUACGAAAUGUGUAGUGAACACGGACCCCAGCUUCCAUUCUCAUUGGCUGGUGGCGGCAGCCUGCACGUGCGCACACUACCUGAAGGCCAUCGUCUUCUACCUGCUGAGGGAGAAGUGAGGGCACGACAGAGGGACAAUGGACAUUGUGCAUCUCUUCUGUUUGUGGUGGAGAGAGCCGUCAUUUCACCGCUUCGACCUGUUACUGCUCUUGGUGUGUUUACACAUGCAGGAAAGUCGCACUGUGCCUUUAAUGAACAUUUGUGUGUGCUGAGCUGUUCUUUGACGUCUCCAUGAAUGGGCUUCAAGGGGCUGUAAGGAAGUUCAGUGGGUUGAUAUCUAUCGGUGAUGCUACCUAGUGGGCACUCAUAUUUGAGGGGCAACUAUCAGUAGGACACAAACUGCAGGAAAUGAUCCCAUCAGACACAGGAAGAGUGAUGUGUUUGUCAGCAGUGUGUUAUAUUAAAGCCAUACUGUCUAGCCCUCAUCUGCACUAUCACAUAGUGACUCUUAUUAGUUUAUCCAUGUUUUUAGUGGACUGCACUGUUUUGUUUUGUUUUUUUUGGGGUUUUUUUAAAAAAAACACUUUAUUGAUAACGACACGUUUAAAUGCAUCUAGUGUUAUAAAAUGAAAAUGGGCGAGAUUUCUGCUUGAGUUAUGCUGACCGGAAGACUCUUUUUGAGAAAUAGUAUAUAAGCGUGUGCACGUGUAUGUGUAUAUGAUAGAGAGAGAGAGAGAGAAAGUGAAAGAGAUUAAAGGGCAUGGCGGAAGUAAACAGAUCUGUUAUUUCAUUUCUUGUCCGUUCAAAACAGAACAAAACGACAUGUAUCUGAAACCUUCAGUCGUCUAUAAAAAAAAAAAAGCCUAUAAAACCCUAUAAGCACUUUGUCCUAAGCUUCCAACAAGGCUAGGGUGUAUCUGGUGUUUCUGUUUGUCGUCAUAGCUCUGUCUGUGCUGUAAUAUAAAAGUUGCUUUAUGAACUUUGACUGCAUUACACAAUCACAACUGAUAACUUUUUGUGUGUUUGUUUAUAAAAUUCCUUUUUGAGGAAUAAAGCAUUGCUAUUGUGUGCACAUUGCCAAGCCACACUGAAUGUCUUAGAAUAAAUGCAAGCAAAUGGAGAAA